AUGGCCUUUCUCAUGUUCUGCUACUCGGGAGGGGUCGGAUCGACUUGGGUCCUUGCUGGGGAUUGUCUGCGGCUAGCUUUCUUUCCGUCGUCGGUUCACACGGGAGCCCACAAUGCGGGUAACAAGAUUACGCUCGACCACAAAGCUUCAGACCCGACAGGGGUACAUGGGUACAGUAAGCAGGAGUUUACAUCUUAUCCGUACUGGGGGAGGAGCCCAGUCCAGGGCAAGCCGCAAGCCGCAACAACUGUAGCGCUUGCCUGGAAGAGCGUGUGUGUGCGCGCACGCGGUGCGUAUCAUGGAAGACGGGAAGGGGGAUCUAGCGGGCAAGCCAAGUCAAGAGGUGGAUGGUACCCCUUGCCAAUGGCGUCAAGGGGGGUGCAUGGUUGGAGAAGAUGGUGA